CCUCUCCCGCUCUGCUCGACCAAUGCCCUUCCUGCCGACAAGCUACCACCAUGACGUUGCCACUGUUCCGCCAGCUUGUGCGGACACAGCGGCCAUCCGUCUCAAUAUGUUGGCUAUCCAGUGCGAGUCUUCGCGGCUUCAGCACAGCUCCACGCAUUCGCCAAGAACAUGGAACUAACUCGGCCAAGCUAUCGAGCGGACGAAAUGGGAACAUAUUCAGGACAGUGAAGUUAGGUCCGCCUGAUUCCGCUGAGAACCGACCGUCGAUCGAAUAUGAGAAAAGACAGCCAAAAAGGAAGGAUCAAGGUCGUAUUCAGGAUCGCCCAGACGUACCCCAAGGCGUCAGGAUAUCCCUCGAUGGCGAAGAUAUACAUAUUGUGCCCGUGGCACUCAGAGACUUGUGUUCAUGUCCGCAAUGCGUUGACACUUCUACUAAGCAGAAGCUGUUCUACACUCCAGAUAUUCCAAGCACCAUUGAAGCUAAAACGGUCGACCAGGAUCCGAACAGCUUGAAAAUCACUUGGACGAACGAUGUCCCUGGUUACGACGAUCAACAUGUCACAGAGAUCCCCAUCGAUUUCUUGCGCAGGAUCCUCACAACCGGAAAGCCCGAAGUUGACCCUCCUGUUAUUCCACGAUCAUUGUGGGACGCUGCCACUUUCGCGAAGGACACGGAGGACUUUGCAUACGAUGCGUACAUGUCCGAUGAUACCGUUUUGCUGAAAGCCGUCAAGCAGCUUCACAGCCAUGGCCUGCUGUUCUUGACCAAUGUACCCGAGGAUGAAGAGUCCGUUGUGCGCCUAGCUGAGCGUAUAGGUCCGCUGAAGACAACGUUCUACGGCAAGACAUGGGAUGUCCGUUCAGUGCCAGACGCAAAGAACGUCGCCUACACUGCACAGAAUCUGGGCUUCCACAUGGAUCUCAUGUACAUGGAGCAGCCACCACACCUCCAACUCCUCCACUGCAUCCGCUCAUCCUCCUCAGGCGGCGCCAGUCUCUUCUCCGACAGUUUCCAAACCGUACAAGAACUCGCAGAAAAGGACUACAAUAGUUUCGACAGUUUGACGAAUCUUGAUGUACAAUUCCACUAUGACCAUCCUGGUGACAACUACUAUCAUCAAACUCGCACAGUCAUUGAACAGCAGCCCUUUCGUGGCCGAGGCAAAACUUUCUUGAACAGUUGGGCUGCUGCGCUCCGCAAACGCGAUCUCCAACCGGGCAUCACCUGGUUGCAAGAGUUGGACCUCAUGGAUUUUGUCUCCUCUGUAGCCUGGUCGCCACCGUUCCAAGGACCAUUCCGCAUCAGACCCGAUCCCAGAAAGGGCGGUGAUGCACUACCACUCGCGGUCGCAGCGGAGACUUACGCUGAGCACGUGCGGAAGUGGCACAAAGCUGCAUCCCAAUUCAACGCUUUGAUUCAUCGGGAAAGCCAUAUCCACGAACGGUUGAUGAAGCCGGGCGAGUGUGUCAUUUUCGAUAAUCGGAGAGUUUUGCAUGCACGAAGGGCAUUUGAUGUGGGUGAUGUGGGCAAGGAGAGGUGGUUGAAGGGGGGUUACAUUGACAAAGAUCCAUACUUGAGCAAGCUGAGGAUUUUGCAGCAAAAGUAUGAUGUUUAGGCAGAGGUCUGAGGGAAUGUUGCCCAGAUGAAAAGCGCUAUGACCGGGAAUUUUGUGCAUAUUCGGUGCGCUGGUGAAACAACAGGAGCACGAGAGGCUGGAGUACGUGCGAAGCACAGUGAAAAGGACGAGACUUGUGUUCAUCGUGAGCAUCACCACGCACAGCGAGGCAUGGAGUAUAAAUCCUGAAUGUACAACUCAAACGAUCUAAAUCCAUGCUCAAUUUACGCUAUCGAUCCCUAAUAUCCAAGAAGUAAGCAAUCUAUAGCUAUUUUGACCAAUGAAUAAUAUACUGCACUGCAGUGUUUCGUUGCUGCCAUCACCG